AUGGCGGUUGUAGCAUCCGAACAACAAGCACUCUUACAAGGGUGUUUAAACAACAUUGGACAUCAAUCCCAUUUAAUGAAACAAUGUUUAAAUGAAGGCAAUUUAUUACAAGCACUUAAACAUUGUUCAAAUUUUUUGAACGAAUUAAGAAUCAAUCAACUUAGUCCUAAACAAUAUUAUGAAAUGUACGUUGUAAUAUUUGAUGCUUUGGAAACAUUGUCAAGUCACCUAUUAGCAUCACAUAAAUCAAAACAAAAAAAGAGAGCUUCUGGAGAUUCUCCGCCUUUUUUGGCUGAUUUAUAUGAGCUAGUACAAUAUUCGGGCAAUAUUAUCCCUAGAUUAUACAUGAUGAUAGUUGUUGGCACAACAUAUAUGUCUACUGAUGGUGCACCAAAGAAGGAGCUUAUGAAAGAGAUGAUUGAAAUGUGUAGAGGAGUUCAGCAUCCAAUUAGGGGACUAUUUUUGAGAUACUACUUGUCCCAAAGAACCAAAGAUUUAUUACCAUUAUCGAAUGACAAUGAUCUCAAUGAGACUGUGGAGUUUUUAAUAUCAAAUUUUAUAGAGAUGAAUAAGUUGUGGGUCAGACUACAACAUCAAGGGCAUUCAUCCGAAAGAGAAUUAAGAUUUAGAGAGAGAAAAGAAUUGAAAAUUUUGGUUGGGUCAAAUUUGGUUAGGUUAUCCCAAAUUAUUGACGAUUACACUGGAGACGACGAAUAUUCAAGUAUCGACUACUAUAAAGAGAAAAUAUUUCCGGUAAUAACUGAGCAUAUUAUCCAGUGCAGGGAUCCAUUGGCUCAAAGCUAUUUAAUAGAUGUUUUGAUCCAAAUUUUUCCAGAUAAUUUUCACUUCGUUACAUUAGACAAGCUCUUGAGUGGUGUAUUUAUUAAUUUGCAUCCUAUGUUGAAGAAAUCUGAACUAGUAUCGUCUUUGAUAGAAAGAUUUAUCACAUAUCGUAAGUAUGAAAAUGAUUUAGAUUCUAAGGUUGAGAACUUGGAUUUGAAUGACAAAGCACAGUCGAAUAACCUCCCAUUAUCAGAUGUAUUUGAUAUCUUUUGGGCGUUCUAUUUGAAGUUGUUUGAAACAGACCCCGAAUUGCCCCCAGAGGAGCAUUCGACUAUGUUACAAUCAUUCAUACAACUAUCAUUAGCUUAUGAUCUGCAAAACUUCGAGAAUUUGAACCAAAUUUAUAAGUUUGCAAGUGAACAGUUAAGCAAUGAUAAUGAAACUCAAGAGGAUCAACAAUUAUGGUUAAAUUUGUUGACUUCACCAUUGCAACAUUUUCCAUCGGUUAAAAGUUUAUUAAGUCUUUCAUAUUUUUAUGAGUUUUAUUCGAAAUUAUCGAACAUUCAGUAUAAGAAACUGCUUGCUUUAGAAGUGCUUACCAAAGUUCUUACGCCUACUGAUGUUGAGAAUAAUAUAUUUGAUACGUAUUCUACAGUGGAUGAGAUUGAUAUGAUUUUUAAAUACCUAUUAAUCCUUAUUAAAGAUACAGAUAGCCAAAAAAAUACUGCUAAAGACUUAGGUGUGACUAAGGCUAUCAAAAUUGACGGUGGCGAAAAGUCUAUCAGUCACGAAUUUUUAAGAGUUCAAGAAAACUUAGGUAAAGUGGUUCAUUUAAUUGAAAACAAUGACUACUUCAAAAAUAUUUCUAAUUUAAUGUACAUUAGAAAGAAAUAUUUAAGUAGGAACCCCGAUAAUAUAUUGUAUACGUACCCUGCAUUGAUUUCCAAGAUUUUAAAUCAGCUUAGAAUUAUUGGUCUUGUUAAUUUGAGGAAAUCCAAGGCCGAUUCAAACAAAGAUUUACUUAUCACCACAAACUUUAAGAAUCUAUCGGUGAUAAUCGAUGAACUAUACCUGCAUCAUCAACAAUUUAAUCUGGAGGUGGUUUUAAAAUUGUACCUCAAUGCAGCGGCCGUUGCAGAUCAAUUAAAACAAGAAUCGAUUGCAUACGAAUUAUUCACACAGUGCUUUAUUGUGUAUGAAGAAAAUGUCAUAUUUAAUUCCACCAUAAAUCAUUCCCACAAUCCACAUGACUCAAUAGGAGGCUCAUUACCAUUUGAGCUGAUUAAUAUGAUUGCUAAUAAAUUAGCAAACCUGAGGUAUUUUAACAAGGAGAAUUACGAAAAUUUGAUUACAAAGUUGACACUAUAUGGGUCUAAAUUGCUAAAGAAACACGCCCAAUGUCGUGCUGUGUACUACUGUGCGCAUCUUUGGUGGUGGUGUGAUCUCUUCGUCGAAGGCAGUUCUCCGACAGUCGAGGUAAACCCCCAAGAUGAACAGGCAGCCCUCUACAGAGACCCUAAGAGAGUCUUGGAGUGUUUGCAGAAGGCUCUUCGGGUCGCUGACUCGUGUAUGGAUCCAUAUCUCUCUCUAAAAUUAUUUGUUGAAAUUCUAAACCGAUGCUUGAUUUUCAACAUCUACGGAAAUCACUUGAUCGACUCUCGCUAUAUCAAUGGCUUAAUUGACCUAAUUAGAACUAACCUCGAGAAUUUCAGGGAUGAUAAUGCCUCCAAAGACGACGAUGAUCACGAGUCUCGAUUGUUCAACCAAAUACAAGCCUAUUUUCACAGAACUUUACACUAUAUUGAAGAGCAAAAGUACUCCGAAGAUAGAUUUCAGGAUAUUAUAGUCUAG